AUGUGCAUGGUGCUCUUCCUGCCGCUGCUGACGGCAGCAGAUUCUUACUUCUCCUCAACGCCUGCGAAGAUCGAAGCCAAGGUGACUCUGCAGAUCAAUGGUUUCUGCUUCGGCCAAGCGGGCCCGGAGGAGACGAAGGCAGCGGAGCUUAAAGCUCACGUGGACUGGCAAGGCGGCAAGGAUCUCGGCAAUACUGGACCCGUGAUGUUGGUGGCCUUCGAUGCGAGCGAGCAUCGCUGGGGUGCCGUGAAGGAUUCCUGGGGCCAGCUGUCGUGCGAGGAGAAGUUGAGUGCCGCAAACAUGAAGCGACAGCUGGGCGAGACCCACAACCUCGACGACUUCUUCUUCAGCAUCAGCGUGUAUCAGAAGACGGCAAUCAGGGACUGGCACUUUGCCCUCCUCACCUGUGGGGAAACGGAGCAGGCGCCCUUGUCCCUGAGUCUCGAAGCCCUGAGCGGGGCUUUGAGCAUGUUCAACGCCAACACGCACUUCGAUUCCAGCAGUUGCCCAGUCGUUGAUGUUCCUUGGGUGGCCGCUGCGCAUGAUGAGGUGGGAUUUUGGCUGCUCCUCAUCGCCACCUUGGCGCUGGGCUGCUUUGGCGCGCUUGGUGUGGUCGCCUGCCGCCGCUAUCGGAACAAGGUGCAGCUUCGGCAGUUUGAGCAGACGGCCACGGCUGGCGGAGCCGAGCCGGUAAUCGGGAGGCCUUGCUCCCAGGUGGGCGAGGUGAAGGUCGUGGAUGGUCAGGUCAAUUCGGACCAGCAGCUGGACCAGCCAACAUCACCUGAGUGCUCCAACGUAGCACCAGAGCAAGACAGCUCCGUGUAA